AUGUUAAACAUAAACAAUAAUAAAGAAUACUUGAAUAACAGAAAUAUAAAAAAAAAAAUGAAUGAAAAAUAUAUUAGAAAAAAUUUUAAUAAAAAUUGUAAAAGUGAAAACAAUAUAAACGAUUAUUUAACUGAUAAAAAAAAAAACUGUACAAACUUGAAUGAAAAUGUAAAUAAUUUAAAUACAUUUGAAAAUAAUUAUUUAAAUGAAAUUCAUAAAAAUGACAAUAAUUUAAAAAGAGACAAUGAAAAAAUACAUAAAGGAAACAUAAUUAGUUGUAAAAAUAAAAAUUUUAAGAAUCAUCUAAAGAAAAAUAAUGAAAAUUAUGAAAAUGUAAAUUACAAUUUAUGUUUUAGUAAUAAUGAAAAAAUAAAAAUUUUAACAGAAACAAUAAAGAAAAUACAUGAAAAUAAUUUAAAUGAAGUAUUAAAAAAUUCUAUUAAUGAUAAUAAUGAUAAUAAUAAUAAUAAUAAUAAUGAAAACAACAAUAAAUAUGAUAAUAUUAUUAAUAAUAAUAAUGAUAAUACUACUACUACUAAUAAUAAUAAUGAUAAUAAUACUACUACUAAUAAUAAUAGUUAUAAUAAUAAUUAUGUCAGUAUUAAUGAUUCUAUUAAUGAAAAAUGUAACAUUUAUAAUAACAGUGAUAAAGAAAAUUCUAUUAACAAUGGCAACCACGGAGACAAUAAUAUUACUCUUAAUAGAUAUAAGAAUAAUAAUAGUAGCAACAAUGUAUAUAAUAAAAGAAACAGCAGUUUGAAUAAUAAUUGUAACAAUAAUAAUAUUAUUUUCAAUAAUAAUUAUAUAAUCAGUAAUAAUAAAAACAAUAGUAACGAUAUUAUUAAUGAUAUUAGUAAUAGUAAUAAUAACUAUUACAAUAAUAGGAAUAAUAAUAAUAAAAUUAAAAAUAACAAUUAUAAUAAAUUAAAGAAUGUUGAUAGCCAUAUCAACGAUAACAAUAGUAAUAUUAGCAAUAAUAACAAUAGUAAUAUAAGCAAUAAUAACAAUAGUAAUAUUAGCAAUGAUAACAAUAGUAAUAUUAGCAAUAAUAACAAUAUUAAUAUUAGCAAUAAUAACAAUAGUGUAAAUAAUAAAAUAAAAACUAUUAGUAAUAAAAAUAAUAUUAAUUAUAAUAGAAGUGACAUUAAUAAUAGAAUUAACAUUACUAUUAAUAAUAAUUCUGGAAAAAAUAAAAAUAAUAACAAUAAUUUUAAUAAUACUAACAGUAACCUUAGUAGAAGUAAAAAUAAUAAUAAAAUAAAAUAUGAUGAUUUCCAUGAGAAUAUUAAUAAAAGUACAUUAAAAAAAAAUGAGAAACCAAAAUGUAUAAAGAAUUUAAUAAACCUAAAGAACAAUUUUGUUAAUGAAAAAAAGGAAAGUAAUUUAUAUAAUGAUCUUUCAUUAAUUGAGGAAGAUAAAAAUAAAUUAAACAAAAGAAAGACAAACUCAAAAAAUUGUAAUUACCCUCCAUCAAAUAAUUUGAAAGAAUAUAAUCUUCAACCUAAGAAAAAUAUUAAUCAGAAAAAUAAUGAGGAAAAGAGGAACCUAGAUAAAAGUAAAGUUAAAUAUAAAAAAAAAAAUAAUAAUAAUAAUAUUAGUAGUAGUAGUAGUAAUAAUAAUACUAAUACUAAUACUAAUAACGAUAAUAACAAUGGCAAUAAUAAUAAUAACUACAAUAACAAUGGAAGUAAUGAUAAUAAUAGCAAUAAUGAUAAUAAUAAUAACAAUGGCAGUAAUGAUUAUAAUAAUAAUAAUAACAAUAACAAUAACAAUAACAACAACAACAAUAAUAAUAAUAAUAAUAAUAAUAAUAAUAAUAAUAAUAAUAAUAAUAAUAAUAAUAAUAAUAAUAAUGGCAGUAAUGAUAAUAAUAGCAAUAAUGAUAAUAAUAAUAAUAAUAAUGGAAGUAAUAAUAAUAAUAGCAAUAAUGAUAAUAAUAAUAAUAAUAAUAACAAUAACAACAACAAUAAUAAUAAUAAUAACAACAACAACAGCAACAAUAAUAAUAAUAAUAAUAAAAGUUCUCUUAAUGGUCUUAAAAAUAAAAAUCCUAUAAAAAAGUUUACAUAUGAUACAUCAGAUGUAAAAAAUAGAGAAGAAGAUAAUAAUAAUAUUUUAUCAAAGCAGAAUCAUAAUGAAGGGAAAAGUAUUAAAAAAAAAAUUUCAAAUAUAAAAAUUUCUAAAAAUUUUUUUCUUCAAAUGGAUGAUGAUAACACAAGCAAAAAUAGUUCUAUUUGUUUAAAAAAUAAGGAAAUAAGUAAAAAAAUUAUAAUUAUAGAAGAAAAUGAUAAUUUAUCUUUAAAAACUAAAAUAAAAAAAAAAGAUUUAACAAUCGAUGAAACCCUAAUACUAUUAAGUUUAGUUCAUGAAGUAAAUAUGAAAAGAUUCAAUUCUAAUGAAAUUAUAUCUAGUAAAGAUUCGUUAAUGGAACAAUUUAUGUUGUACAAUAUAUUAUCUUAUGAUAUAACUAAUUUAAAAAGCUCAUUAAAACUUAUAUUUACUUUUUGUUUAUUUAAAAAUUUAAGAUUCUAUUAUAAAAUACAGAAUAAGAAUAUUUAUAUAGAAGAAAGAGCUAUACCAAAUUAUAGAAUUAAAGACAAUUUAAUAGAUGCUCAUUCAAUUAUUCUAGGAAUGUUUGAUAAUUAUCAUCACAAUAUAAACAAACAAAAGAUGUCUUUAAUGGAUUUUAUUAAUUCUUUUUAUUUAAAUAUACAUAAUAUAAAAUUUUCUAAGAAAAAUGUUCAACCAAAGACAUUUGACAAUUUUACUUUAUCAGAAAAAGAUAACAGUAAAAUUGCCUCUAUGUGUUCAAAUAGGCCUGUUUUAUAUUCAAAUUAUUUAAAUGAUGAAAGUGAAUUCAAUGAAAUUGAUUAUAAUAUUUUAAAUGAUAAAGAUAGCGAAAUUAUAAAUAAUUAUAGUGAUAUAAGAAAUGAUGUAAAGAAUAAUAAAAAUGAUGACACAAAAUACAACAAAAAAAUUUAUACAGGGAAUAAUAUAAAAAGUUAUAAUUCUAAUAGAGAAUACAGGAAUACAAAUAAAAAUGAUGAUGAAAAUAAUUAUGAUAAUAAUAAUAAUGAUGGUUAUGAUAAAAACAUAAGUAAAAAGGAUGAUCAUGAUAAGAAUAGUAACUUGUCUCAUAUGAAUAGAAAUCGAAAUUGCAAUAAUAAAUGUAAUAAUUAUAACAAUUAUAACAAAAAUAUUAAUUUUGAAUAUUAUAUGAAUAUAAGGAAGAAGGAAAGCAAAAUUCAUGAUAAUGUUAAAAUAAAAACAAAAGAAAAAGAGAACUUUAGUAAAAAUGAAAAAGAAUUAUCUGUUACAGUUAAAAAAAAAGAAGUUAGUAAUGAAGAAACAGACAAUAAAGAAACGUUAUGUGCUCAUGAAAGAAGUAAACGAAAAUUUUAUGUUUAUGAUAAAAUGGAAGAUAGUUUAUAUUCAUAUAAAAAGCAGAAGGUAUCUUCUACCGAUAAUACUAUGGUAAAAAAAUAUGAUGAAAUAAAAAAUUGUAAUAUUAAAACUGGUGAAUUACACAACAAUAUUAAUAAUAAUGAAAUGAAUUCAAAUAAAGAAGAUUUAAAAAAUGAGGAUAUUUCGGUUAACACAAAUAAAAAUAAAGAGAUUUUUUUUCAGAAAAUGGUUAAUGAAAACAUAUUAAGUAUUAUAAAUAAUUAUAAUACGGACAAUUUUCUCAUAAAAAAUAUGAUUGAAAAAUCGAGAAAAAUUAAAAAUGAAGGAGAGAAAGCAAUUAAUUUACAUGGUGAUAAUUUCAUAAAUAUGAAAAAAAAUAAUAUUUUAAAAUUAAAUAAUUAUACAAAUCCGAACAUAGAAGAUAUAAAAAUAAGUGAUGGAGAAGCAGAUAAGUCUUUCUAUAAAGAAAAUAACUUAAAAAAUAAUAAAAUAAUAGAAGAUGAAAAGGUAGAUGAUAGUAAUGUAUUAAAUGAUGAAUAUAAAGAGGAUAUAGAUUUAAAAAACAAAAAUAAAUUUCCAGAAAAUCAAAGUAAACAAAAAAAUACUUCUAUUAAAAGAGAGAAAAAAAAUUUCUUUUGUAAUAAUAACCUUUCAUUAAUGAAAAAUAGGAGUUCAAAAAAUUGUGUAACAAAAAAAAAAAAAUACACAGAAAAAGAAAAAAAUAAUGAAGUGCAAGAAACAAAAAAAAAUUACAGAACAAAUGUAAAUGAAUUAGAGAAUGUAAAUGUUAUGCUUUUAGAAAAAAUAAAAAAUAAUUAUAAAAUUAGUUUGAAAAAUGAUUCAGCUAAUAAAAAAAAGAAAAGAAAAGAAGACAUAUAUGAGUUUGAAAAUGAUGAUGAAAUAAGCAAAAAAUUAGAAAAUUCGAAUAUAAAUAAAAUUAAAUUUAUUAAAGAAUGUGAGAAAAAAUAUAACAAUAAAGAAAUUAUUGAUGAAAAAAAAUGCAUGUUAUCUGUAGAUACAAUAUAUAAUAAUAAUUUUAAUAUUUUAGAUAUUAAAGUAAAUACCCAUUUUUCUCAUAAUUAUCAUAUUUCUUUAUUUUUUUUAUGUAAAUAUACUUCUUACAAUUUAUUUUUACACCCUUUAAAUAAAAAUGAACAUAUCGUUUCAUAUGUUAUAUUAAACUGUAAGAAUGAUGUUCUAACUGAUAAUGGAAACUAUUUUGUGUUAAGAUAUUUGUUAUCUUUUUUAAAUAGUAAGUUAUCAAGUCUAAGAAAGUGCUAUGCUAAUGCUCUUUAUAAUUCUUAUUUAUUGCAAAUACCUGUCAGAAUAUUUCGUCAUAAUAAUUUGAAAACUAAAUAUAGUCCUAAUUACGGUAUAAGGUAUGAUGGAAUUUAUAAAAUUGUGAAUGCAUUCACUAUAAAUGAUUAUUCAACAUACGAAUACAAAAGAGAUAUUCUUUAUGUUUUUAAAAGAUUAUAUGUUGAUAAGUGCUUUAUUCCUAAUAGUAGCUAUAGAUUUUUUGAUAAUAAAUCUUACAGAAAAAAGUAUUUAAUUGAUAAAAAUGCUGUUUCAAUUAAUGUAUUUUUAAAUAACGAAAUUAUUUUGACUUUAAAAGUCCCUUACUUAAAAAAUUAUAAAUCAACUACUUUUACUAAUUUUAAUCAUAUUUAUAAAUUUAUAAGAAAAAAGUGUAUUCAAGAAAAUUUGGCUUCAGAGUGGAUUAAUACAGAUGCAAAACAAUAUGAAGAUUGUAAAAAAAGAAUUAGACAAGAAAAAAGGAAAAAAGAAGCCCAAGAAAACAUCAAAUAUUUAUCAAAAAAAAAAAUGGAAAAAGAAUAUAAUUCACUCUUAGACUAUGCAAACAAUAAUUUUAACAAUCGUAGUAAUCAAAUAAAGAAUGGAAAUAAUGCAACUAAAAUGGAAAAAUUUAAAAAUAAAAAAAAAGUUAUGAGAAAAGAUAGAAAAAAUGAUUUUAAUUGUAUUAACAGUGAUGUUAAUGGAAAAAAAAAAAGUAUUGUUGACGAAUUUCCAUUUUGGUGUUCAGGAAAAUAUUUGCCUCUUGUAUUAAUUUUAGAAACAUUACAUUUUGAAAAGGAGAUUAAUAUAAAACAAAGAAUCAGAACAAAGAAUUUGAAAAAAUUGAAUAUUUCUACGAAGAAAACAGAAAUAGCAAUAAAUUGUGAAAUGGCAAAGAGACCAGCACAUUUAUUUAUUCCAAUAAAAAGUAAAGAAGCUAUAUCAGCAUAUAUUGAAUUAAAAAAACCUUUUAGUGAUUCAUGGAAUCCUUAUGAAGAUUUAUCUGCAGGAAAAGAAAAAUUUAAAAUUCCUGUAGAAAAUGUAAUAGAUGAUUCAUUACCUCCAAUGAAUUUUACAUAUGUCAAUAAAACUAUAUAUUUUUCUAGAUUACCUCCUUAUAAUUUACUUCCCUUAUGUUCAGGAUGUGCUCCAAAAAAUUACAAUAAAAAAGACUAUGAUGAAUUAUAUAUCAAUGGAUAUUGUAAGGGAUUAAGGCAUAAAAGAACUAAUAAAAUAUAUUGUGAUGGAAAUAAAAAUUAUGAUAUUAAUGAUUUUAAUGUUUUAGCUGCAUGUUCAGGAAAUUGUUUGUGUGAUCCUUUAAAAUGUACUAAUAAGUUUCCUGAAGGGUUGCAUUACCCCGUUAAGGUUGUAAAAACAAAAGAUAUUGGUUGGGAUAUAGUUUCUUGUUCAUAUAUUAAAGCAAAUUCGUUAAUUAUGCAUUAUGUUGGUGAAAUUACAACAAGAAAAGAAAUGAUUUCAAGAGAACAUGAAUAUGAUAAAAAAGGUUAUUUCAAUUAUUUUAUUGAAACUGCUGAAGUUGAUGAAACAUAUCCAGAUGAUUGGAAAAUUCCGUGUAUUGAUGCUCUUUUUUUUUCUAAUGUUGCUCGUUUUUUAAAUCAUUCAUGCGAACCAAAUGUAAAUGUUAUUACAAUAUGGAGAGGUGAUAAUUAUCCUUCUGUUGGCAUUUUUGCUUCAAGGGAUAUACAUCCAGAUGAACCUUUAAAAUAUCAUUAUGGAAUAAAUUACAAAAACAUUAAAUGUAUGUGUGCAUCGAAAAAGUGUAAAGGAUACAUAGGAUAA